ACAACAAAGUCAACUUCACGGCUCUGUCGCAUUUUGAGGCAAAUUUUGGUUGGUUGAAGUCGUCGAAUAUACUAAAAGGUCGGGGAACUCCGGAAGAUUCCCUCUUGCAAGUUCCCGUGAACAUGUUCGAUCCGGAGCAGGUUGACAGGCUAAAGGACACUCCCUGGUGGCGAGGCGCCUCUGGGGGGAUCAGAGUCACCGCCACCACCUCUAAAGCUGAGGACAGUGAACACGCUAGAUUGUUGAAGUUGGCGGCUAAAAUGAAGAUGAACACGGAUUUGCGAAAGUCUAUUUUCAUAGCACUCAUGGGCGCGGAAGACUACAAACAUGCGGUGUUCCGGUUGGGGCAGGUCAUCGGUUCUCGACCGAAGUUGGUGCCUCAAGUUGCGGUGGUGUUGCUACACUGUGCCAUUCAUGAGAAUUCCUUCAAUCGAUACUACUGUCGUGUCGGGAAGGCUCUCACGGAGCUGCCAGGGACGUGGGGAUCGAGAUAUUCCCACGCUUUGAGGAACGCAUUGACGAAACUGCUGCAACAGUGUCAUACGUAUCCUGUCAAGAGGGUCGGAAUUCUGGCGAAGAUCGCCGCGUUCAUGAUAGUGGAGGGCGUCGUGGAUUUGACGAUUUUGAGGUUCCUCGACUUCGCCUGUGCUGAGACGGGUGAUGGUCGAGUGAAGUUGGAUGUGCUGAUUAGGGAGCUCAUUAUUGAGCUCAUUGAUCGGAAGGGAGACGAGGCGGCCAAGCUGUUCGAGUGUGUUGGAAAAUACAGCGAUUUGCGUGACGGGUUGGAAAUGAUGGUUAAAUCGCUCGUACUCCCUAAACUGCCAACAGAGGAGCAGUCUCGAGGUAAGGCCAUUAUCGCUGUGUUGAAGGAGUGUAAGGUGGAUGAAGACGAUGGAGACGAGUUUGACUUCUAGUAUAGUCCUACGUA